CUGCCUCGGCUUCCGCCGCCGCCGUCGCCGCCGCCGCUGCCGCCGCCGCCGCCGCCGCCGCCGCCGCCGCCGCAGCCGCUUGUCGCUGCGCGUUCGGCGGGGGAGGAGUCGGAGGCGGAGAAGAAGGCGGUGGUGGCGGGUGGAGGAUCGAGCGCUGUUCUCGCUCCGGAGCCGCUGCACAUUUCGGAAUCUUUUGCAGCUUAUUCAUUGUGUGAGUAAAAACUACAUCACAUCCAUAAUUCUACUGAACUCAGCACACAGAAACUGCCAUACAUGUCACAGUUCACUGAAAAAGAGCCAUCAGUAAUGGAUCAAGAAUCCAGCAAGGGUGCUUGGCCCAAACCUGCAGGAGGAUAUCAGACAAUUACAGGCAGGAGAUAUGGAAGAAGACAUGCAUAUGUCAGUUUUAAACCAUGUAUGACGAGACACGAAAGAAGCUUAGGCCGGGCUGGUGAUGACUAUGAAGUGUUGGAACUAGAUGAUGUUCCAAAAGAAAAUUCCUCAGGUUCCAGUUCAUUGGAUCAAGUUCAUUCUUCCUUAUCCAACGAACCUAUAUUUGACAAAGGUGAAACAGAAAUUCCUACUUGUGAUACAGCAUUGGUCCAAACCAUUAAGAGCAGUCCAUCCUUUGCUACAGAACAUCAGAGUGAGGAAGUCAGGGAGACCUUAGAAAGCAGUACAACUCUUCAUAAUCACUCUGAGGCAGAGUAUACUCCAGGAGCUUGUAAUGUCUUAAGUGUCCAAAAUGGAAUUGCAUUGGUUCAUACUGACUCUUAUGAUCCAAAUGGCAAGCAUGGAGAGAAUAAUGACUGUCUUCAACUUUCUGCAGAAGUUGUGGAAGGUGGUGGAUAUCAGGAAGCAUUAGGCAAUGCAGUUUUUGACCUGGAAAAUGGAGAGGCAAAGGCAUAUACUGGUCUUUCACCACCAGUUCCUUCCUUUAACUGUGAAGUAAGAGAUGAGUUUGAAGAAUUAGAUUCGGCACCUUUAGUGAACAAUUCUGCUGGUGAUGCUGAGUUUGUUCAUCAGAACAGGCAGGAAUUUCAGAGGUCCUCUUCUGAAGAUGAAGUUGUUAGAAAGAAACAAGAUAAUAAUGACCAGGAAAGACAGACAGAAAAUUCAACUGAAGAUGCAGCCUGUGUUCCAGAGCAUAUUUGUAAUGAACAAAAUACCAGUGACAGGGACAGUAAUCAUAGAAGUUCUCCUGAACAGGUAGUGAGGCCAAAAGUGAGAAAAGUGAUAAGUUCAAGCCAGGUGGACCAAGAAAUAGGUUUCAAUCGGCAUGAGGCUAAACAAAGAAGUGUACAGAGAUGGAGGGAGGCUUUAGAAGUUGAGGAAUGCAGCUCAGAUGACCCCUUAAUAAAGUGUGAAGAAUUUGAUGGAGAACAUGAAUGUAUGUUCAUGGAUCCACCCUACUCAAGAGUUACACAAAGAGAAACAGAACAUAACCAUGUAACACCAGAAAGUGGAGCCACAGCAGGAAGGCAAGAAGGUCGAGAUAACGCCUUUUGGAAUGGCUGUGGAGAUUAUUACCAACUCUAUGACAAAGAUGAAGAUAGUUCAGAAUGUAGUGAUGGGGAGUGGUCUGCUUCUUUGCCUCAUCGAUUUUCUGGUACAGAGAAAGAUCAGUCCUCAAGUGAUGAAAGCUGGGAAACUCUGCCUGGAAAAGAUGAGAAUGAACCAGAGCUACAGAGUGAUAGUAGUGGCCCUGAAGAAGAAAACCAAGAAUUAUCUCUUCAGGAAGGGGAACAUACAUCCUUGGAAGAGGGAGAAAUUCCUUGGUUACAGUACAAUGAAGUCAAUGAAAGUAGCAGUGAUGAGGGAAAUGAGCCUGCCAAUGAAUUUGCACAGCCAGAAGCUUUCAUGUUGGAUGGUAACAAUAACCUUGAGGAUGACUCCAGUGUGAGUGAAGAUUUAGACGUGGACUGGAGCCUGUUUGAUGGCUUUGCAGAUGGACUGGGCGUUGCUGAAGCCAUUUCUUAUGUGGAUCCUCAGUUCCUCACCUACAUGGCAUUAGAAGAACGCUUAGCCCAGGCUAUGGAGACUGCACUGGCACAUUUAGAGUCUCUUGCAGUGGACGUUGAGGUGGCCAAUCCACCAGCCAGUAAGGAAAGCAUCGAUGGUCUUCCAGAAACCCUUGUUCUUGAAGACCACACUGCUAUUGGUCAGGAGCAGUGCUGUCCAAUCUGUUGCAGUGAGUAUAUUAAGGAUGAUAUCGCAACAGAGUUGCCUUGUCACCAUUUCUUUCACAAACCUUGUGUCUCAAUUUGGCUACAAAAGUCGGGAACAUGCCCCGUGUGCCGCCGUCACUUCCCACCUGCGGUUAUCGAAGCGUCUGCAGCAACUUCCUCUGAGACUGAUCCUGAUGCCCCACCUUCAAGUGACAAUACUGCAGAAGCUCCCUAAACCUUAAAGUUGAAAUGAGAUCAAUCUAUCAAAGUAAAUCUGCAAAUUCCUUCUAAAUCUGAUGUGCAAAUAAUUAUAUAUAAAUAUAUUUAAAAUGCUAUAUAUAGUAUAUGCCAUAGUUUAGAAAGAAAAUAUUAACCUUUCUAAACAGAACUUAGGUUUGCAGAACAUACUAAACAUUUUCAAGCUGAAUGUUAAAGCAGUGCAUCCAUUUUCUUUAGUUGAAUAUGUUGGUAUUAAUUGUAACGUCAAGCUUAUUAGUUAAUGCUCUCCAAAAGAAAUAGUUAUCCGUGUGACACAUGUUACUGGUUUUGUGUAAAGUACUGCCAUUAAGAGAUUAUAAUUAAGCUCUCCUAUUGCAUCAAAUGUGAAGACUGUGGUCACGAUAGUAGUAAAAUUUGGUUUCAUUGGAAAUAAAUAGAAUUCUAAAGCAUGUUUUCUCACUUCCCUUUGCCUUACCUAAAUUGAAACCUCUUAGUUCAUAAUACUGAGAAGUUUUUUAGGAAGAUGUCUGCUUUUACAUCUUGGUUUAAAAUUAGGACUUUUCAGAAUGCCAAGCAAAAGCUAAAAUUUCACAAAAUUUAAAAAUUUUACGUGUAAAGCCUCUGAAAUGAUUAGGUGGUAAAGCAAAUUAUUCAAUAGACAGUGGACAUGCUUACAGUAAAAUUAGUAGAGCAUAUGAGGAAUCUGGCACACUCAGUGCUUGGUACAGUGGGAUGAAUUUGAUGGCCAUAGGAUACCCUUUCUGUGCUCUGAUACAGCUUGCUUUCACUUAGUUAAAGUUACUCCUGGAGAUCCAGAGCACUCUUGGUGCUUUUGGUUAGUAAGUAUUGAUGGUUUUAGGUAGUUUUUGUUCUGAAAUAUUUUGAAAGUCUGGAAACUUGAACUGGGUCACCUUUGUAAUCAUGUAACCUUUCGGUGAUCACAUGCAGUGGGCAGGAUUGCACAGACAUGGGUGUGGUAGUUAACAUGCAGUUGCGGAUUGAAAUCCUCACUAGAGAACAGUGCCUGUUAGAAUACCACAUUUGAGCAAGUCAGAUAGUGAAGCACACAAUGAGUGUACAUCCAUCCAGUGUCCACCGGCAAUUUAGUUUGAAGAAUAUUUAUAUGGCUUCCCAAGUGAAGAAUUACAUUUAAUUUGUAUAAUUUCUCUGAGUAUUUAUAUUUUGUCUCUUUUCUCCAUUCUUGAAAAUAAAUGAAUUUUCACUGUUGGUACAUUUGAGGCUUAAGUAUAAGGAAUAUUAACACUUGCAUUCUAAUUUUUGCAUAUAUUGUAAAUGUGUCUGGUAUUUACUGCAAAAUUCUGCGUAUCCUUUUAGGGAUAAAGCAAAAGUGAACCUUGCAUGCAUGUAAUGUGGUGAAUUUGUAAUUUCGGGUUCUUUGGGACUUCUGUGACUUUGGAAAUGCUUACGUUCAGGCCUUAAUGUUGCAUUAGCUAGCAUGUUUUCCCUCCCGAUGUAUAUAGUCACUGUUGUAUAAAUUAACCUCUGCUUGUUUUCUACUCUGUGAUCUUUCCAUACCAUAUUUCACUGAUAAUCAGUUAGUGUCAAAGAGUCAAAUCAGAUUAAAAUUAAUUUUCAUGUGUAUAUUGUGGGAAUUUGUGGCUAUUGUGAUUUUUUUGUUUGUUUCUUUUCAAGUAGUGUUGAUCAGUUGUAGCACUUACUGGUUAAAUGUAUAUUGCUACAGAUUUCUCUGUAAUAAGCCACACGUUAUAUUUAGGCAGUAUUAUGGGAUCUUGGUUUUCUUCUCCUAGAUAGCAGCUGUCUCAAAGAAAAAAAUUUCUUCUUCGUCUAUUAAGAUAUAGCUGUUAUCUGCCAGUUUUUAAGAGGUUUUUGGUUCCAAACUCAACCAGCAGUGUUGAGAACUAAUUGUAAGGUAGGUAUUGUACUUUUGCUUUCCAUCUGUUACAGUUCUUUAUUGUUGGCUCCCUACUAUCUUUAAAACAGCUGCUAUGAAGGAGACAAGUUGAAUAGUCGGUUUAAAUUUUUUAAAAAGAAAAUUGAAGUUUUUGGACUAUAUGGUAACAAGCUAGUAUAAGCUGAGCCUGACAAGUUCAGACCCCAAAAUAUUAUUUGAACUUAUCUUGGAUCCUUUUGAAAAAAGUUAAGACUAUAUGAAGGUAAAUUAGAAAUAGGUAUGAAUAUUAAUAAAUAUUGUUUAUCUUAUUUCUCUAUUUUAUGCUGUAACUUGACCUAAUUUUAUUUUUUGAACAUUUUCUUAUUUCUUGUAAUAUGAAUGCUUUAUUUAAGUUAGAUUCAUGUGGUUUUCUUUUGUGUUUCAUAAUUGUUUAUCACUAAGCUGACUAACUCUAAGAUUAUUUGUGAUCUGGAUUUAUAUAUAAGCUGUUAAAUAUAUAUGAACUGUUAAAAUGGAAUGCAAGUUUUUCAAAAGCCCAGGUCUAAAUGUAAUGAUUGGUUUAUUGUUCUCCAACCCCAGCCCAUUAUUUUCUGUGUAAAUCAAACAAUAAACAGGAUAUACUCGGUGGUCA